ACGCGAGCGCAACUUUUAGCAGACAACAAGUCAUCAAGAAGAUACAGUGAUAAACAGUUGUAUACUUUACUAAACAUCAAGAACAAAAUGGGUUGCAAAGGUUGCGGAAAUAACUGCCAGUGCUCGGCCACCAAAUGCGGCGACAACUGCGCCUGCAGUCAGCAAUGCAACUGCGUCUGCAAGAAUGGACCCAAGGAUAAAUGCUGCUCCAACAAAAAUUAAGUGGCUUUGCUUAAACAACACCUUCCAUUGGCAAUUCAUUUUGAUAAUUGAA